AUGAAGGAAAAAUUGUGGCCAUCAAUUGCACGAAUGGCUCAUGCGAAUAAAAUUAGUACACAAAAUUUAAUUGAUGAUAUUCAUGAAAAAAUUUGCGAAGAGACUUGGGGUCAGCAAAAGAUAACAAUAUCAUUCUUAUGUCUUCUACUUCAAAAGUUUGUGCCAAUAUCAUCGUCAUGUAUUGAAACAUUCGUUGAGUUUCUUGUUCAUGAUAAUAUUGAAUUACGAAGAUACGCUACAAUAGGUAUUACAGCAUUUUGUCGUUUACAAAAACCAUCUCGACUCUAUGUCGAAAAAUCUCUUGAAGAAAUUCUUCAUAAUAUGGAUAAACCACUACCCGCUAUGAUGAAUGAUGAAUAUUGUCCGGGUGAUCGUGAUGAUAAUUUAUGGGUAACAAUCGAUGAUUAUAAACCACCUAAGACGCAGAUUGAAUGGGAACAAACAUGUUUUUUGGAUAAAUCGUUUCAUGGUUAUUAUACCUGGCCGAAGAUGAUCAAAUAUGCAGUGAAUAAACAAGAACGAUACACACUAAAUAAUAUACCGGAUAACGUGACUAUUUUAUAUGAUCGUUUUAUUGACAAGAAUUUUGUAGAACGAGUGAUACAAUUUAUGAUUCUGGACGAAGACGAAGACGGUAGCGAGAUAAAUUUUGAUAAAACUCAAUUUGUCAUGUUCAAAGUAAAUGAUAUUACAGCUAUCUAA